AUGGAGUACAAUAGAAACUCCCCCACCACGAGCGGAGGGAACACACCCUCGAUUCCCAUCGGCGCGGAGGGAAAUUUUGCGGGGAUGAAUCCCCGGAUGGCGGGGAUGGGCGGUAUGCCGACGAUGACUCCCCAAAUGUUCUACAAUAUGUACACUUGGAUGAGUCAAAUGGGUCAGAUGAUGCCGGGGGCAGCGGGUAUGCCGGCAAAUAUGUCGGGGAUGGGUGGGACUGCGGGGAUGGGCGGUAUGCCGCCAAAUAUGGCGGGGAUGGGUGUGACUAUGCCAGGGGCAGCGGGGAUGGGCGGUAUGCCGCCAAAUAUAGCGGGGGUGGGAGGGAUGGUGCCCGGGGCAGUGGGGAUGGGCGGUACGCCGCCAAAUAUGUCGGAGACUCAGUACGCCGGCAUCGAGACUUUCUCUUUUGAGGAUGUGGGGCUAUCGCCGAUCCGUGAGACUCCCAGGGAGGCGGGGCUGCAAGGGGCGGGAGAAAAAGCAGGCAAGGCCACGGCGGGGAGAGGGUAG